AUGUCCUCAGGCCGAUAUGUACGACAAGCUGCAGCUCAAAAUGAGACGUUUGUCGUACACAUUUGGCGUUGGAUUAAGAAGAAAAUCUGGCACGUAUUCUACGGCGAGAAUGAGUGGCAACAUUUGUGUCAUCCAUCAAUUAACGUAGAUGAAGAGAAACGUAUUGUACGAUUUCGUACGGAACUUGCAUUGUCUCCUGUUAUGGUAGAGACUUGUAACGUGGUGUUUCAUUUAAAGCCAUUUCCCAUGGAUAGGACACUGCAUGAAGUGGCAAUGAAUGCAAAACUUGAUGAGAAGGAUACAAUGCUAAUGGCCAAUGUACGAUCAUGUCUUCAUUGCUGCAAUUUUGUCAACAAAGUGUACGAGCACGUGUAUACGUUGAAAAAUGAAGGAUACAGCUCGUUAAAGCAGGAACAUGAAGAAAUGCUUGAGCAAUUAUGGACAAACUUGAAACCGGACGUGCGUCGUAUAGGUGGACGCAUUACGAAGGAGUGGGGCGAGAUUGGCUUUCAAGGAACUGAUCCAAUGUCGGAUUUUAGAAGCAUGGGCGUCUUUUCGCUUGUGCAACUCAUUUACUUUACAAAAACGUACAAAGUUGAAGCUCAGCGUGCCUUAGAAGAGUCAAACCAUCCGACGCGCUGGUAUCCAUUUGCUGUGACUGGAAUCAAUGUGACAGCUUUCAUGAUUGAGCUGAUUGAUGAGCAUCUGCUGGAUAUUAAGCUCUAUCGUUUUGCUACGAACGGUCAUAACGACGACUUCACUGCUGCCUUAACGCAGCUUCACGACAUUUACGCCACGAUCUUCACUCGCUUUAAUAAGAUGUGGAUUGACAAGAAUCCACGUGAUGUGAUGGCAUUUCCAUCGAUUUUCCAGUCACUCAAGGACGACAUUCGUCAUGAGUUAAAGCUCAAGUCAUUUGCCUACUAA